AUGAGCCCAAGAAAACCAAACCAUACAGGCCCACUACCUGAAACCAUAAGGAUUAAUCCCGCCAACAUUUCUAGCGCGCAGCAGCGCCGACUCAGAGGUCGUCAGAACACUCAACAUCGGAGGAAACUACCAAAAGCUUCAGAAGAAAAGGCCGGCGGCGAGAAGGGAGAAAGAUUGCAGGAUUGCGCCGAAUUGAGUUUCAAAGGAAAGAUGAAGGGAGGAAGGAAGAAUUUGAAGAGGGCAGCAGCAAAUGAAGAUAGCUUAACGAUUCAGGAUGGUCAAAGCAUCAUGCGAGUGCUAUCUCUCCGAGGUUCCAACCUUAUCGAGGUGAUGGACACAAAUGGAGAGAAGUCCCUGGCUUUGUUUCCAGCUAAGUUUCAGAAGAGCAUGUGGAUCAAGAAUGGAAGCUUUGUAGUUGUCGAUGGAAGUGGGAAGGAAAAGGCGAUCGAGUCAGGCAGCAAGGUAACCUGCAUGGUUAGCCGAGUUUUGUUCCAUGAGCAUGUCCGCAAGCUUCAGAAAUCUCCUGAAUGGCCUGAAAAUUUCAAGGAAGAUAAUAUCAAUGGAAGAGCUCAGGCAGAAGCAGCAAGCCAAGAAGCAAAUCAGCUCAAUUCAUGCGAUGAAGAAGAAGAGGAGGAUGAUGAUGGGUUGCCACCAUUAGAAGCCAACAUGAACAGGGUCAAGCCACCAUUUAUGGAUUCAGGUUCAGGAUCUGAUUCUGAUUCUUGACUUUACAUUUGCUUCAAACACUUCCCUCGGUGGUUCUGAUGGCUUAGCAUACUCUUAAUUUGAAGAAUUUUCUGGCUGUGAUGGUCUCAGUUGUAUGGAUACUAAAUGCUACGUAUAAAAUUGACACAAACUUCAUACCA